UAUAAAUGAAGAAAAUCUAUUUUAUUAUUAUCAUAUAUAUGUAAAUGCAAUAUAUAAUGAAAUGAACGUUAAUACAACAGCACAAAAACCGUUGUUGGAGGCUUGAAGUGAGUGCAAGAAAUUACCGCUUGGUAUAAAAUUAUAAAUAGAUAAACGCAGAUAAAUCUAAACAAUUAUCAGCACUUUUCUAACAAGUGAAACCGGAUAAUAGAGAAGAAAAAGAAAAAAUAUAUAUAUAACAACAACAACAACAACAGCAGCAGCCACAACAACUACAACACCGACAACGCUUAUAAUUCUUCAUCUAAUGGCACAAGUGUGUGAAAUAUAAUUAAAUUUGUAAUCAAUAAUUGAAAAAAAAUAUUAAAUAAUUUUUUUAAUUUUUUAAAGACUUAUUAACAGAAGAAGAAGAAGAAAUAUCUGAAAUUAGUUUGCCAGGAAGUGAGUCUUCAACCGAAAGGUACACAACACACUUCGUCAUGUCUAAUUUGACAUUAAGGCUUUUCAUAGUCGCAUUAGUGUGCAUCGGUUGCACUCGAGCUGUUCUUUCGCCAGCUCAGAUACCAGCGGAGACACGUAAUAGUUCUUUAGAAUCGGAAGAAGACGAUGAACCGAUUAUAUCCGGUAGCUAUGUAUUACCUAAUCAAAUAUUUAAUGAUGGUAAACCUUAUUAUGCCAGCAAAGAUCCAAUUUCCGGUCAGUUGGAUUUCAAUGCAAAGAAACCAGCUGGCAUAGAACCCACUGCCAAUGAAGUUCUUAAUCCGAAUGAGAAAGUAAUACUUACCAGUUCUUCGCCGAAUAUACAUGAUUUUCUUAAUUUACCAGUCAAGUAUUCAUCGUCGAAAUUUGUUUAUCCCCUGGUAUCAAGUUCUUAUGCUAAUCUUAAAUAUCAAGGUAGUAACAAGAAUUUUAUAACCAAUAAAAAGCCAACGCAAGUAGCUCAGGUCACAUCACUGCCCAAUGAUCAAACAGUCAAUCAUUUUACUGUGCCCACGACAAAAUUGAAACCUGUGCCAGCUACUAUGAUUAAAGUAUCGGAUAACAACAGUAAUAAGCCUUUAAAUAAUACUAUGAAGAAACCUAUAAAUUCUUUAGCCGCAAAACCGUUCAACAUCAAGAGCACAAAUUCCAGUUCUUCAAUUAACGCUACCGCGAAAAGACCUACGUCAUCGUCAUCCACCAAACAUAUUAUGAGCACCAAAAAACCACAGUUAUCCUCCUAUUAUACCACAACACCCGCUGAAUCUAAGACGAGCACUACGCGAAGAAAAUUUAUUCCAGUCAAAAAGUAUUCAACUACUACUACUACUACUACUGCCACUACUACAGCUGCUACCUCCACUAAUAUGCCCAAGCAAAAGGCAACUAGCACAACAGUAACAUCUCCAAAACCAACGACACCGUCAAAUUCUCGUUUAGUUGUAACUCCUUCGGCGGAUAUUUAUCUUACUCAGAGUCCUUCUAGUACCUUAACCUAUUUUACUACCACGACCGCCAAGCCCAGCACAAGCAGUAAACCUAUACUCUUCACUGAAGAUCCAAAUAAGCCACCAGCCUUCAGUCCAAUUCCGCAAGGCACUCGCAUAACCCAACUCGAUCCUGCCGAUAUUUAUUAUACUCUGGAACAAAAGAAUACUGAAAAUAAUUUCGAACAAAAACCCUCGAUGACGCUGGCGGAUAUCUUUAACAAUUUGGCGGACGAAGAAUCAGCUCUUUUAGCUAACAAUCCGAGCAAUCAAGGCUUUGACGCUCAGGGCAACUUAAUGGGACCUUUAAUUCCUUCAAAACCAGCGCCUUUUACAAUGCAUGAAGCCGUCGAAUCGAACAAAGCAACGUAUGCCCCAACAACAGCUUUUGCGACAUUUGCAAAUACAUUGAAACCUUCAUCGCUGCAAAACUCACAGUUGGGCGCAGCUACUAAUAAGAACAAUAGUUUCAACAAUGAAUAUGUCUCGUAUCAAGUGCAACAACCUAAUAUUAUGCAAUAUCGUCCAGUACCGGCAGCCAUAAACAAUGUAGUAAUAUCGCCCGGUCAGCAAUCGGCUUCCUUUGUUUUAGGCAGUCAACAACAAGUGGGUACGAAUGCAUUCGGUAGCGUUGAAAAAGAAAAGCCUUACGUUAACAAUCCACCAGUGCAAUAUGGUACCGUUAUUAAUGAAGAUAUUAGCACCUUAAAGAGGGAACCAUCACCAGCAGCCGUUUCAUCUUCUUAUCAGGACAUGUCCAUUAGUUCACAAAAUUCCAAUUACUAUCAAAGUGACGUCUAUAAAGGCAGUGAAAGCGUUACUAAAUCACAUUUAAUGAAUAAUAAUAAUCCAGAAGCGCCGCCUAUUCCGCCCUCACCAUAUCAACAGUUACCUUUGGUUGGAUCGAAUAAUAGGAAAAAACCAGCAUUAAAACCAUUAUCGCCCUCGGAAAAAUUACCUUCGAUGGGUUCGAUGCAGUCGGUUAAUCCUCUAGAUAACAGUGACAGCAUUACAUUAGGUUCAAAUCAAAAUACGCAAGAACUUCUGGUCUCUACCAAUAUUCGUUUCCCAGCCAUGGAUGGUCAGGUGGACGAGGUACCUUCAGUACCAACCGGAGGUCCACCGUCUGGCUUUCAGAUUAACGGCCAUGCCCAACCCCUCAGUUUACAGCAAAUACAAAGUUCCAAUCCGGUUGUAUUCCCGAAAACUGAUACCGAAACUAAACUACAACUGAACGAGAUGAAUUAUCAUACUUCGCAGACCAUGGCUGACGAUAUACAGAUCCAGAAACACGAAGUCUUAACAAUGAAUCAACAUCAACAAAAGUUGAGUUUCCCGACCGCCACAGAACGGAACACGCCCGCACAACACAUGAUCCCCCCACCGCGCUUUCCGCCGCCAAUCUCAAAUAAUAUUUCCGAAAAACCACAUCAGCCUUACGGCCCCGGUCAAUACACGUAUAGCGAUUACACCCGUAAACCGGUGCCCGGCAUAACGCGACCAAAUCCUGAUCGUCAUUUACCGAACAUACUACCACAAUUUCGACCGAAUGCAAAAGUUUCAAGUGGCCACACCCCUAAUAAUUUUAAUAAGGAACCAGGAAAUAUACGAGUAACCGGACCGAUCCCGCCGAAACGUAUGCUAAGCCCGAGUAAUCCACAAUUUUCACGUAGACGCCAACCUUUACGUUAUCCUAUAAACAGAGGAAUCGAUUUCGCAGCUGGUCCACCGCUACUAGCACCUAAUGAUAAUCGUCGUAUCUACAGAUUGUCACCUUAUGGACAUAUGGAUCGUAUGCCACCUAGGCGACCUGUGUCUCAUAAUUUAAGACCUAUGGAGCAUUACAAUAUAGAACGUCAUGCUUUAGCACCAGCCUUAGAAAAGUUACCGGCUUUCGAAGAAGAGGAUCUAGUUAUUAACGAUCCACCAGUAACGCCCAGCAAAGAGCUCAGCAACCUUAACGAAGCCAAAUUAGAAACAGUUGUGACAUUGCAGAUGUUGCAGUCUCACAGUAAGCCAUUCUUAUUGCCCGCUGUCGAUAAUAGCGGUAAAGCAGAGCUUCAAGUAUCCAGGUUAGAUUCUUUAAGCGAAGAUGUGCCCGACAAUUUAUCGCAAUCGUCAAACAAUAUUUACGUGGUGCUUCCGUUGAAAGGCGUUGAUAAUAACGGCUACAAUCAGAAAGACCCAUUAGAAAUAUCUGAGAAUAAAAAUGCUUUGCCAACGUUAGCUCGCAUUGAGAUGUCCACUAAUAGUGAAUACCAAAACACUCCAUUUUCGGUGCUUAGGGAUCGCCAGCAAGAACCCGUAUUGAAAAAUAAAAAGCCUCAAUCGCUUCAACAAGAAAAUAAACUAAAAUCAAAUACUAAAAACGAUCUGUUUCCUUAUCCGAUCGAGAAACCUGAAAUCAAUUUGGUCGAGCCGUCAGAGUCUUUCAUAUCACCUAAAAUCAUUAAUUCGGCAUAUAGUAGUGGAACUGAAGCGCCCAUCGCCAUAGCGUAUACACCCACUGUUUCAAGCGAAAGAAUUAAAACGAAAUAUCCAACUGUUUCUUACUCGGAUGUUAAUCUGGCGACACCGGGCAUCAAGGAAUUACGACCGAAUACUCAAACUGAGCAGCCGCUAAAUAGUCACGACUUUGAUUUGAGAGCUCAGAACUAUGAAAAGAAUUUCAUGGCUCCAUUUUAUCCUAGCCUUAGUCUGGGCUUAGCUACGAGAGUUCCUUCAAGCGGCUGGAAUAUCUUGACCUCAUCCGUUGAACAUAAUUUAUACGAAAAGAACCGCAUUGAUCGUUCUGAUAACGUGAAAAAUCUUUCGACUAGUGCUGGCGAUGUUGAAAAUUCGAAAACUUUUGAAAUAGACAAAUUCCAACCGGAAUUGCAAGGAGGAUUUAAGCCUAUUUAUCCACCAGGCUACAAAUUUGACAACGAAGAGAAUGAAUUAAAAAAUUUACGGGAACAUGAAGCAAAUAAAAUGCCUUUGGCUUUGGCAAGUCGAAUGGAAAAACCAACUAAAAUCGUGCCAGAAUCUGCUUUGUCGUCAGUUAACAAUACCGUUAAAUCGAUUACAAAUAGCACAGACUUUGAGCAAGAAAAAUUAAAAAUGUCGAAUAAAACAACAGUAGCACCAGUUAUUAGUAGUACGCAAAAAACGAAAAAAUCUAAAUUAGAAACAAGUUUAGCUGCCUUACUAUUCGGCGAUGCUGAAGAUGAACACGAUGUCGAAGAUCAGCCAGCUCAAGAGUAUCAUCAAGCUCGUCAAGAACCUACCAAAGCCAUGUUAAGUGGUCCACGCAGUAUACCACGCAUGGGACCACGUAGUUUGAAUAUAUAACUAUAGCGCCAAAAUAGCCUAUUUUCCAUUUCCAAUCUACCCCGAGUAUAUAAAUCCAACCUAAUUCGAGGGGAGGUUCUGUUGGUUUUCUUUUUCUUAUCUAAAAUUUAAUAACCAUUUUAUCUGAAUUGGUCUUACAAAGGGCCGAGAGCCCACAAUUCCUCUAAUCUCGCUUAUCUCAAUCAAGGUGAUCUGAAUUAAACAACAUUAGGUUAGAGUAAACCGAGUUGCUAAUGCCAUCUUUUCCAACCAUUCAAAUAAGUUCCACGCUAUCAGCAAAUUACAGUUUUUCAAAGAUUUACUGGCAAUAUAUGCAGCGAAAGAGAACCGACAGAACUUUUCCUCACACUUAUUGUUUGUUAAUAUUUAUAUAAAUUGUUUGAAUUUUUUAUUUGUUUAUUUAGAUUUUGAAAUUCA